AUGGCCGAGUACUCACCCGUUGGUCUCGCUAUCAUUGCCGUGAUCAUGGCUUGUGUCGUCCUGUUAAAUGGUUACUUCUGGAAGCGCUUCGUGGAUGCCGAGGAAGUCCGGCAACAUUUGCAAGAUGGGACAUGUGAGAUAGUGUCCCCUUCGCAUUAUAGCUCCGGUUGGAAAGCAGGAUGGGAAUUUCCGAUCAUCGGGCCCUCUUGGACAGAUGUGCCCUGCAGCUUGAAGCUGAAAGUCAAAGGGGAUGAGGAGAUCGUGGGGAAGACCAGCCUCCACUUCACUUACUGGCAAGGGAUCGUCUGGGACUAUGUGCAGGACAGUUGCUCGAAGCUCAUCCCCACCAAGGCUGACAAGCCCUUUGAUUGCGCCUAUCUUCUGGGCGAGCACGGUGGCCUCUCCAGGGCUUAUGUUGGCAACGUUCGAGACUUGCCCCGCUUGCCGCUGCUCUUUCUCAUGAAGGCUUGCGGGCUUUCCGCUUUGACCCUUGGCCCCUUCUUGCUGAUAUGCAUUGGAACGGCUCGGGGCGCAUCCCGUGCGUCCGGGAGCCCAGUUCGGCUGCGGCGGGCAGGAGAAGGAAAAGAACAGCAGAGGCGUCCAUGA